UCAUCACCAACAUAGUAAUGACAAAAUAUUGGUCUUUUGGUUUGGUGCAUGUCUUGACUGAGACAAAAAAUUGUGAUAUUUCCAAUGUAUCCCUUUUGCCAUUUUUAGACCUUACUUAUUAGUAUAUGCUUUCAGUUUUUGUCUUGGAAGUUUCCUUUUAUUUGAUGGUUUCUCUGUUAUACCUUCGUUUGUGUCUUCCUGCCACCACCAAACCCAAGUUUACAAGUAGCCCUACUCUUUCCUAGGAUUGAGGUAUGGGGAGAGGUAAGAUUGAGAUCAAGAGGAUUGAGAACUCAAGCAAUAGACAAGUUACAUAUUCAAAGAGAAAAAGCGGGAUUUUAAAGAAAGCUAAAGAAAUCAAUGUUCUAUGUGAUGCUCAAGUUUCCACUAUCAUCAUUGCUCCUUCUGGAAAAAUGCAUGAAUACAUUAGCCCUUCUACCACGUUGAUUGAUAUGCUGGAGAGAUAUCAUAAAGCAUCUGGAAAGAGGCUUUGGGAUGCCAAACAUGAGAACUUAAAGAAUGAAAUUGAGAAACUCAAGAAAGAGAAUGAGGACAUGCAAAUUCAGCUCAGGCACUUGAAGGGAAAGGAUAUCAACACACUAAACUACAAGAAGUUGAUGAGCUUAGAGGAUGUCUUAGAAAAUGGUCUCCUCACUGUCCGUCACAAACAGAUGGAAGUAUACAAGAUGGUCAAGAGAAACGACAAGAUCUUGAAAGAAGAGAAUAGGGAACUUAAUUUUAUCCUCCAGCAGCAACAAGGGUAUGGCAGUGGAAGGUGGGAGAUAAAUGGAUUAUAAUGAUGAAUUUGAUGAGAGUACUGGAAGUUAUUUCAAUUCCCAGAUGCCAUUUUCCUUUCGUGUUCAGCCUAUGCAGCUUCACUCACUACUUCAGCUUUAAAUUCCACCCAAAAUUAAUACUUUUAAUAAGUAUAUAUGUUGAUUGUAAUAAAGAAGGUGAAUCUAGCCUUUUGAGGUUACAUUAUAUAUGAUCCCUGGGCUUACACUUUCA